CCCACUUGAGCAGCUUGUUUGCUCACGGUUUGUGACAUUUGCUUUCUAUUAGGAGAACAACACGGAGGCAUAAAAUUAUAGAACGAAAACAGCACAAUUUUGUAGCUACUUUGAAGCACUCUUCACAAGUAGAAUGCAGAAUUGAAUUUUUUUAUGAUUUUUCCGGAAACGUUCACUAGUGGUAAAACAGAAAAUAUACAAAAUUACAAGUACAAAGUGGUCGUGGCAAAGUGUUUUGUAUUUCGCGUUUAAAAGCGAAAGAGGCAGAUACAUAAAAAAAAAAAAUAAAAUCAGAAAAGCGUUAAAAUUAAAUGCACACAUACAUACAUAAGUACAUAAGUUAAUAGUCAAAGAACACCUUGGUUUAUUGUGUAAUGUCUGCGAACUCCAACAAAACUGGUUGAGAAAACUACCAAGUUGAAGGGUUAGCCUAAUUUUGCAGCAGCAUUAGAAAAAAAAAAAAAACAAAGUAAAUAUAAAAUAAAAUAAACAACGACGUCCGAACUAGACCAACCAGCAAGUAAACAUCAAUUAGCGGAAAUCGAUUCUGCCUUUGUGAAUUUGUAGAGAUUUCUUAGCCAGUUGGUCUAACUGUCGGUCGUUCGCCUUGUGUGGCAUUCGCUCCGCUACAUAAGCAGCAGAUAGUCAGUUGGUCGCUCGCUGGGUCGUUCGUUGGCGUGUGGAGGCUCGAAACCAGCCACUAAUUUUUCUUUUGUUCAUUUUCAUUUCCCUAUUAUUUUUUACUUAUGAAAAACUCGCUCACCGCAAAAAAUUACCUACACUUCUCUUUGUAAUCAGUAAUUGGUGACAAAAUAAACUGUGUCGACGAAAAGUGGAAAACCUGAAAGCACAACAAAUUCUACAAAAAAAAAGUGACGCCAGUCAAAGAAGCUAAGAAAAUACAAUAAAAGUGAGUGUAAGACUACUUAUACACAUUAAAAGACAACAGCAGUAAAAAACCCAAACAACGAAGCAAAUACUGGUGGCAUAAAAGUAUAAAAGAAGAAGCAGCAGAAGCUAGGCGCAUUUCUUGCUCACGAGUUUUCUUGUAACAACAGUGGAGAAGAGCAUUUAACAAUGGUGCAGAAAUUCCAGUCGCCCGUUAGGGUCUACAAACACCCAUUCGAGUUGGUUAUGAAGGCCUACGAAUGCCGCUUCCCCAAAUGUCCACAAAUGCCCAUCGUGCUCGACUGCGAGAUCGUCAAAGAUGAAGUCUUAGAUAAUGGCGCCAAACGCAACACGAGUCGUCGCUGCAAAUUGGCCGUGGAUGCGCCAUACAUUUUCAAAAAGUUAAUAGGUGUGGACUUUGUAUAUUUCUUGCAACACAACUACCUCGAUCUGGCUAAUCGGACACUCAAUAUUGAGGCUGUGAACGAGAGUUUCUCGUCGCGCAUUGAAAUUUUCGAACGCUGCCGUUACUAUGCGCAUCCCGACAAUCCCGAUUGGACUUGUUUCGACCAGACAGCCACACUGGAUAUUAAGAACUUUUUCGGUUUCGAACACUCCAUGGAGAAGAUGGGCAUGAAACAGUAUACGCAAACAACGCUAAAGGGUAAAGAAAUCAUUGAGUAUUUCAUAGAUCAAUUGAAGGAACAGGGUGUAACCGAAGUGGAGCGUUGGGUGCCGCCAGUCGAUGCACCCUGUUCGCCGACCACGCGUGAGGCAAGCGAAGAACCAACUAUGCAACAACAAAAGGAUAGCGAAAGGCGCCGCUCCUCACACGAUGUGCUACUCGAUGGUGACUUUAUAGCGAAAAAUUUGGGCGCUCUAACGCCAAUGCAGGCAUCAAAACUGUUGGAGCUGCGAAAAAUGCUGAAUGGUGUCGAAGACUUGGAAAAAAUGCCAAGUUAUCAGACCAUACUGCGUUUUUUGACAGCACGCGAUUGGCAUGUGAACCAAGCAUUCACAAUGCUCAAAGACUCGCUUAAGUGGCGAAAGGAACACAACAUUGACUCAUUGGUUAAGGAAUAUAAGGCACCAGCAGUGGUAGUAAAUCACUUUCCCGGCGCUUGGCAUCAUCACGACAAGGAUGGGCGUCCGAUUUACAUACUACGUUUGGGUCAUAUGGAUGUGAAGGGCCUACUGAAGUCUAUUGGCACUGAAGGCUUGCUGAAACUCACGCUACACAUUUGUGAAGAGGGCAUGCAGCGUAUCAAGGAAUCGGCUGAAAGGUUGGGACAACCAGUGCUGAGUUGGUGUCUGCUUGUAGACUUGGAGGGCCUCUCUAUGCGCCAUCUCUGGCGGCCGGGCGUAAAAGCUCUGCUUAAUAUCAUUGAGACAGUCGAGCACAAUUAUCCCGAAACGAUGGGUCGUGUGCUGGUGGUGCGUGCGCCGCGCGUUUUCCCCAUUGCCUGGACCAUUGUUAGCACAUUUAUAAAUGAAAAUACACGCUCGAAAUUCCUAUUCUACGGCGGACCCGACUGCUUGCACAUGAAGGACGGCCUAGAGCAAUACAUCGAUUCGGAGAUCAUACCAGACUUUCUGGGUGGUCCAUGUAAGACACUCAUUCAUGAGGGAGGACUUGUGCCAAAAACACUCUACAAAAUGAAUUCACUGGAGGAAGACGAUGCAGAAGAGGAGGAGAAGAAACCGCAAGAGGUUGACGCCUUAGUGCACGAACAUCGUAGCCUGUAUAAGACAGUCGAAUUGAGAACCGGUUAUAUGCACGAGGUGAUCAUACCCAAUCAGGAUCCGAAAAGUGUACUCACAUGGGAUUUUGAUGUGACGCGCAGUGACCUACACUUUACAUUGUAUCGCGCAACAAAGGAGCUGCCGCCAAAAACCGAUACCGCCGUUUCCAUAUUUGAUCUGAACGAUUUCAUCGAAGGCGAGCACUAUUUCAAGGAGGAACCAACGCUCAUUUGUCGACACCGUGAAAGUGUACAGGGCUCCCAUGUAAUGCAUCACACGCACUCCUACAUAAUGCAAUGGUUCAGUCCGUCUUGCGGCCCCGAAGGCCCAGCACAGCUGAACUUCUUCUACGAAGUGCUCAGCUCGGCCAACUACAAAGGCUCCAUGACCAGUCUGCAAUCAGGUUUCUCAUCAUCGUCAGCUGCCAGCUCAUGUCAGAGUCGAUGAUAUGAAGUGAAAGAUGGUACGGCCUGUAGCAGUACAUCAGCGCUGAUGGACAAUGGCAAAGUGUUGGGAAAGGCGGGGAAGCAGCAACACAACGGUGAGGAGCUGCAUGAGCACGGCAUCAUUGCAGCCGAUUCGCUGAUGGAGAAGACACUGAAUUGAGCAAAAAAUGAGAGUGUGUGUGUAGAGCAAAUGAAUACACAAUUAACUUUAAUAUUCAAUUUAAUUAAAAUAAUUUUAUAGUUUAAAAUGCUAAUAUGGAAUAGUUUGAUAGUUUAAUAAUAAAAUUUACACGCAUAGAUGCUACAAAUUAAUUUUAGUUUAUAAAUUAAAAAACACAAACAACA